AUGUUUAAAGGAAGUUCAUUUAAAAAGGUUUCUAAUGCCUUUAAAUCACCAAAACUGUCUGGUAGUAAAAGUGAUCCAGAUACUGAUGGAGGCAAAUUUAGUGAUAGAUUCAAAAUACAAACACCAAAAUUGGACAAAGAUACAUUUAAAAGUGUUUCUACAUCCAUAAAGGAACAAACUCUAAACAAUACGGAAUUAAAGGUUUUUGAUGCAUCGCUGAUAACUAAACUAGGUAUUAAAGGUAAAAUCACCAAUGUAGUCUAUGAUUACACUCAAGGCUUAAUGGCAGUGGCUACAAGUAGUUCCAAAAUACAUAUAUUUGGUCAAAAAAAUAUUGAGAUUAUAUUUGCAUUGAAUAAUAAGACCACUGUUAAAUCAAUGAAAUUUGUUAAGGGGAUAUAUAUGGUGAUUGUGGACAAUAAAGAUACUAUUAUAAUAUACUCACUAUUUUCUAAACAAAUACUGGCCACUGUAUACUGUCCAAGCAAGAUUACUUGUAUUGAAACUGAUCCAUCUGUGGACUGGAUCUUAUUGGGCUUACAAAGUGGUUCUAUUAUUAUCUAUGAUGUUGAUAGAAACCAGUUCUCUGAUGUUAAAAUUGAAAAUUUGCAGAAGAGUCAAUUUUUCACAAAGAUCCCGCUAUCUCCUAUCGUAUCUAUCUCAUGGAAUCCAAGAGAUCUUGGAACAAUACUAAUAUCUUAUGAACUUGUUACUGUUACAUAUUCUUUUGUUGAAGGUAUUACUAAACAAGAGUUUAUUUACAAAAUUCCUCCUUAUGCACCUGGUGGUGAUUUUACUGCGGAUAUAAGUCGAGAACGUAUCCCAAAAGUAAUACAAUCUUUAUAUCAUCCCAAUUCUCUUCAUAUAUUAACUGUUCACGAGGAUAAUUCCAUGGUGUUUUGGGACGCUAAUACAGGUAAACUUAUACAAGCAAGGACACUUUAUGAAACAAAUGUGAACGCUGUCCAAAAAGAUGAUGAUUUCAACAAAGCAAAUACAUAUGUACCAAAGAUCUUUAAAGUAGCCUGGAUAUGUCAACAUAAUCCUGAGUAUACAUCCCUGAUAAUUGCUACAAGACCAUCGUCCUCUACAAAUCAUCAUGAUGAAAUAUCUCAAGGAAUUUGCAUUGUCGAUUUAGGUGGCACACCUUUAUAUUCUGUUACGUCAUAUGAUGCCAUGAGCAAAUAUUAUGCAAACACACGUCAAGAAAAAAUGUGCCCUAUUAUUAACAAAUCAUCCAUAGUAGAUAUCACACCCAUUGCUACAUCAUCCCCAUAUUUUGCUGGAGGUCAUGCAGCCUCUUGCAUCCUAGUCCUUUUAGAAAAUGGAGAAAUGGACACACUUUUAAGUUCCUCAGGAUUAUAUACUUCAAAAGCGUCAUUAUUACCGCAAAAUUUAUCACUAUGUAGACCAUAUGCAACUACUACAUCAGCAGUCUCAGUACCAAGUAAAUUAUGGCUGGGCAUGAUGGCAAGCAACUCUAAAUAUGAUGGUUUAUUAAGAGGUGGUAUAGUUAAUAAGAAGGGUCUUAAAGUAAAAAAUAUAAGAAAUGUCCUUAUAUCCGGUCACAUUAAUGGUGCUGUAAGACUAUGGGAUGCAUGCGCUAAUGAACUGGAUGAAAGUGCAGUUUUUGAAAUUAAUAUUUCUAGAAUCUUGAACAGGUCUAACGAUGUUAGUAUAGAUAAAAUAUCUUUUGCUCCUGAAACUCUAGAAUUGGCUGUUGCUGCAGUUAAUGGUGAUGUUGUUUUGUUUAAGUAUGAGGUAAAUCAAUUUUUUGAUCCACAAGGUGAAAAAGUUGACAAAUCACUUGACCUCAGUUUCAGUCGUUUUUCUAUUGAAGAUAUCAAUGAGCCCUUGAUCGACGUAAGGGAUAGAUCACCAUCAAACACUAGACAAGGUAUCAUGCCCGGAUGUGUUAUCCGACUAAGAAGAGGUAGUGUAACAGCUUUACAGCAUAGUAAUAUAGGGUUUGUAGGUAUAGCCUAUGCCAACGGUGACAUAACGGUGAUAGAUAGACGUGGUCCAGCUAUUAUUUAUUUAGAAAACCUAGACAAUCUUGUUAGAAGAAAAUGUACCGUAGUUACCAGUAUUGAAUUUGAAAUACUACAAUAUAGGAAUGACAAUUAUUCAAGCAUCUUAAUGUUGUGCGGCACCGACUGUGGUGAACUGAUUGUCAAUAAAAUUUUACCAGCUGCUGGUGGUAGAUUUUAUGUUGAAAAUGUGGAUGUUAUCAGGACUGGGGAUCGUUCGCCUGUUUCAAAGAUUUUAGCGAUAGCUAAUGAGACUGGGUUCAGUUGUGAAGCUACUGUUUCGAAGAUGCAAAGUUUAACAAAAGGUGAUUUAACACCAGGAAGCAUUAUUACAAUAGGGUCUCAUGACGUUAGAACUGUACCAUUAAAUUCUACAAAGCAAAAUGUUAAAUCUUUUAAACAUAAUAUUGCAUCUGUCGGCCUAUCAUAUGCAUCUUAUGAAAAUUCUAAAAAUGAAUUUAAGAUUAAAUCGUAUGUCAUUGUAUACCUAACAAAUGGUAGUAUUAAGAUAUUAAACAGUCAAGAUUUAAAAGAAGUUAAAACAUUGCAUUCACCAAUUCCUGUCCAUACAAAAUAUGUGAUGCAGUCAUCUGUCUUAAAAGAUGGGGAUAUAUUUGCAAGAACUGAUGACUAUGAGGUUGUUUUAGUAUCAACUGUGAACAAACAAUCAUUGGUGCAGGAUGAUAGUAAACUUUAUAAUCCAAAUUUAAGGAUAUCAGCCAGACCACAAGUAAAUUCUUUACAAUGGGCAAGAGGCACAAUAUAUUGUACAUCUGAACAAUUAGAUGAAGUUCUUGGUGGCUCAAAGAGACCUUUAUCGAAAUACCAAGAGAGUGAAAUUGCAAAGGGUACAUUGUCCCGAGAUAAACCAAAAGGAAAUCAAAUGGAAUCCUCCGAACAUCAUUAUGUCAAACCAGUGAGACAUGUUGGGAGGAGUAGUGGAUAUGGUAUUUUAAAAGGAGUAUCUCGAACCCUAGAGACACAGUGGGAUUCUUUGGAAUCACAAUUUAAUGAUUAUGCUACAGCCUUUGGGGAAGGUAUGAAUGAUGCUAUGGAACAAACUGGAAAAGACAUUGUAAAAGGAUCUUUUGGAAUUUGA